AUGAUCCUGGUUUAUUCAUGCACACUCGAUCAGGCCAAGGAGGGUGUGGGUGACCAACGCAACGGGGUAUCCACGUACGUUUCCAAGACCAAUCGCAAACGUUCUCGGAUUCAUAGCAACAACAACAAUACGCGCGAUUCGAACACGACUCGAGUUCCAUGGCAACAGAGCAACUACCGUUUCAGAUCAAACGUCGAGAUCCUGAAAAGCUGUUACCUGCUUCCGCUUACAUCUCUUAUCUGGACCCAUCGUCGUGACAAUCCAUUUCAAAAGCUUUCUGCCGAUCAAUCAACAUCCACCACUCACGAUCAAACACCCAAUCGUCUAACAACACAAUCACCAUAG